GUCGGGAGGACUCGGUCACAACAUGGGCUCGUCGGUCAUGGAUCUUCAACAGGAAAUUCUUUUCUCUCUUGAGAAAGAUGGAGUCGUCAUAUCAAAUGAAUUUGGAGAAUCUAUAAAGGAGUCACACCAAAAAAUUGUAGGGGCCAUCAAAUCCUUGGAAUCGCUUGGGAACGUUGUUAAUGUGAAACAAAAUGCUCUUAAAACAUGGGAGUGCACAGAGGAGGGUACAGGUGUUGCCACGGAGGGUUCUCAUGAGGCACGACUGUUCAACUCCCUGCCACCAGAGGGCCGUUCUGUGGCUGAUAUUAAAGAUAAUUUUCCAAAUUCAAAUUUUGCUUUAGGAGCAGCAAUGAAAAAUAAGUGGUUAAAAAAGGAAGGAGAGAAAGUGGUCCCAGCCAUGACGUCCAUUGAGGACCAGGUGCAGAAAUACCUUCAGGCCAUCACUGCUGGAGCUGCUGAUAGUGUACCAGACAACGUCAAAGUUGAAUACAAAAAAAGGAAAUUGAUAAGAGAAGUCGAGAUGACAGUAUUUGAAGUUACCAAAGGCAAUGAGUUCACUACAUCUAUUGUAAAGCAAGAAGGAGAGCUAACUAAAGAAAUGAUUGAAAGUGGACAGUGGAAGAAGACAACCUUCAAACCUUUCAAUUUCAAAUCAAAGGGAAGAGUUGAUCAACGGUCUGGCUACUUACACCCGCUAAUGCAGCUCAGAUCUGAAUUUCGGCAAAUCUUCUUAGAAAUGGGUUUUUCUGAAAUGCCCACCAACAACUUUGUUGAAAGUGCUUUCUGGAAUUUUGAUGCUCUCUUCCAACCUCAACAACACCCAGCCAGAGAUGCCCAUGAUACUUUCUAUGUAGCUGAGCCUGGAAAGACAAUUAAUGUUCCUGAAGAUUACUUACAGAAAGUGAAGAAAACCCACUCUGUUGGUGGCUAUGGUUCCAUUGGAUAUCAGUAUGAUUGGAGCAGAGACGAAGCUCACAAGAAUCUACUCCGUACUCAUACUACAGCUGUUAGCGCACGGAUGCUCUACAAACUUGCUCAGGACGGAUUCCAACCAGUGAAAUUUUUCUCCAUUGAUCGAGUAUUUAGAAAUGAAACAUUAGAUGCAACACAUCUUGCUGAGUUUAACCAGAUUGAGGGUGUGGUGGCAGACUAUAACCUGAGUAUCAAGAACCUCAUGGGGUUAAUAAAGGGAUUUUUCGAAAAGAUUGGCAUAACAAAGUUACGCUUCAAACCAGCAUAUAAUCCAUACACUGAACCAUCCAUGGAAAUUUUCAGUUACCAUGAAGGUUUGCAGAAAUGGGUAGAAGUUGGUAAUUCAGGCAUGUUUCGUCCUGAGAUGCUGCGACCAAUGGGGAUCCCUGAGAACGUAACAGUAGCUGCAUGGGGACUCUCUCUGGAAAGGCCAGCAAUGAUAAUGUAUGGGAUUAACAACAUCCGUGAGCUAGUGGGUCCUCGAGUGAAGAUGGAGCUGAUCCUGGACAAUCCCGUCUGCACUAUUGACAAGUUCAGAAAACGAGCUAAGCCAGACACCCCCGGAGCCCCAACAGUGGAGUCCCUCACCAAACGGCAGGAGCUAAUUUUAGACAGGUUGUCAGCCCUGCAAGCCAAGGUUGCCAAUAUUGCAGCUAAAAUGGGUGUGAAGUUGGAAGAUUCUGACACUGCUGUCACCACUCAACUGGAUGGUGGACCAAAACUUGGAGCAAUUCACGAUGUUGUCAUUUAUGCGGAUCCUCGGCGACCACCAUACAGCCUCCGAGCUUUGGCUAAUGCUCUCUCCUCUAAGUACUCCAUGUGUUUGCGGGUACACUGUCACUCUACUGUCAAGGAAGUGUCUGAAAAGCUUCAACAGUUCUGGGGAGUUUGCCAUGGAAUAGAGCGUAGUCAAUGCAAUGUAUGUUUAACUCUCAUGUGGAGGCAAGAUGGAGACUCGCCCACAGCACUAAUGCCAACUCUUACAGUAUCUCCAUUAGCAUCUAGUAAGGUGUGUGGUGAACACAAUAUUGGGCGAUACUUGUCAAGACUGUUAGAGGUUGCCUUACCAUCCAUAAACCUUUAUGAGUCCUUAUCCAGUCCUGUCUUCACAACUCAAGUAGAUGAACUUCUGGAUCAGUGUUAUUCAAAAUUUACCUUAGGCAAUAAUAAGGAACGAGCUGGUUAUGUACGGGAUCUCAAUGCCAGAUUGGGUAAAGAAUCCUAUCUUGUUGGGUCGAACUUGACAUUGGUUGACCUUAUUGUUCUCUCCAAUCUCCUUCAAUUCCGCAUGUUGGAAUCUGCUCCUCCAAAUGUUCAGAAAUGGAGCAAAGGCUGUUUAGCUCACCAACUAUGUAAAAACUUUAUUUAAUAUUUUAGGAAUAUAUGCAAAUAUUAUUAUU